AAAACGCUAUUCAAAAUGUCGGUACAAGCGAAAAGGCAACACUGCUACCUGUGCGAUCUGCCACGCAUGCCGUGGGCCAUGAUACACGACUUUUCCGAGGCGGUUUGUCGCGGGUGCGUCAACUAUGAGGGUGCGGAUCGGAUCGAGCUAGUACUGGACACGGCCCGCCAGAUGAAGCGCAUCCACUCGGCAGCGAGUGGCGGUGGUGCCGGUGGUGGCAGUGGCAGCAGCAGCGGCAAACGAGGCCACGAAAACGGCGAGCUGUCACAUCGGUCCGUACCGACGGCUGCCGGUCCUCAUCACUAUUCCGUCCGCACCGGGCCGAACGGGCCAACGUUGGUCGACUUUACACCGAAGCACGAACCACACGACAUUGCCAGUGUGCGGGCAGGUGCCCGAAUGCAGCAGCAUAUUCCACCGCACCAUAUGGCGCCGCACGGUGCAGGCCGGCAGCAGGUUCCGCCGGCACUGUCGGUAAAUUUGAAGCGACCACCGCCGGACGAUGACGACCAUCAGAUGGAUGGGCCGACGGGCAGUGCGAAGCGUGGUGCCGACGAUCCGAACGUAGCCAUUCAGCGGCCACCGUUGACGCGGGGCGAAUCGCUACCGGCCGUACCGUUUGUGCCGGAUCGUCAGCCCAGUUACAAGGAUAAACAUCCCGUGCGAACCGCAUCGUUCGAUACGGCCGCAUUCAAGGCACUUGACCAGAAACAACAAAACGUGGGGAUUUUUGUGAACGCCCCAGUAAUGCCCCGAGUCUAUCCGAACGUGAUACCGAUCGCACCCGCAUCGAUGGGGGUCGGUGGGGGAGGCGGUGGUGGCGGCGGGGGCGGCGGCGGCGAUAGCACACCACCGGCACCGUCCGUCGCACCGUUGCAAAGUCCGAUGGCGAACCUAAUGUCGAUCACCGAGACCCUUCCGCCCGGCAGUCCCCGCAAUGGGCCAAGCCCACCGGGCCCACCGCCACCGCGGACAGCGUCCCGCGGCUCACAGCAUUCGCCGAACAGUUCCGGUUCAUCCAGUGGACGAAGAUCUUCCGGCUCUAGGCAUGUGUCCAGCACGACGGUUACCUCGUCGGAAGCGCAACAACCCAACUCCUCGCUUCCGGGCAGCGGUGGUUCGACGACACCAAACGGUGGUAGCGCCGGUGGUCCAAACGGAGGCAACGGAAGCACACCACCCGUCGCGAUGGGCCCGCUCGGUCCGGGUCAACAAAUGUCCCAGCAAGUACCUCCACCACCGCCACAAUCACAACAGUCCCAAUCGCAAUCCGGACCACCGGACGGCGUCCCGCCGGGUAUGGGUGGUAGUGCCGGUUCCGGUGCGAAUCCUGCCGGUCCCAAUGCAAGUCCCGCUCCACCCGGUAGUGCCGGACCGCCGGGCAGCGGUCCCGGAAAUGGGGCACCCGGCGGACCAGGCGGAGCGGGUGGACCAGGAAGUGGAGGUCUUCCACCACCGCCCGGUUCGGCACCAAGCAAUGCACCACCCGGCACUGGAGGACCAGCGCCGGCACCUGCACCAAACCCCACACUCAAAUGUACAUUGUGCCAGGAAAGGCUCGAGGACACCCAUUUCGUGCAGUGUCCGUCGGUUGGUCACCAUAAGUUCUGUUUCCCCUGCAGUCGGGAGAGCAUCAAGCGACAGGGCUCUGGUGCGGAAGUGUAUUGUCCGAGUGGGGAAAAGUGUCCGCUGGCCAACUCGACGAUACCGUGGGCCUUCAUGCAGGGCGAAAUUGCGACCAUACUGGGCGAAGAGCUGAAGGUAAAGAAGGAGCGCGAAACGUAGAGAAGUCGGUACACCGUUGCCAACGGUGUCGCUGCCGGUCCUGUGGCCACGGGAGGAAGAUUCACCAAUAGUAGCAAUA